AUGGCUACCAUAACCAUACCUUCUUCUUCUUCUUCCAAUCAAGAUUACGAUGUCUAUAUCAAUGCAUCCGAUGCUCCUCUCUCAAAGGACAAAUUCAAUGAACCCAACAUCUACAUCGUGUACAGAGUCAUCACAAAUUAUUCAUCCAAUGCAACAGUGUCAUCCAGGCAAAUCAGGGAUGAUCCUGAAGCAGAUACUGUAUUCAGUUUCCCAUGCGAGUUCUUAAUCUCCGAUGAUGAUAAUAGCAGUUCCUCGUCCUCCUCGUCCUCAUUGAAUAUGGUAUCAAAGCUGAUUUCUGACAUGAACAUCGAGUCGCAAAGGUAUCACUGGAGACAAGGAAUGCAACAACAACAGCCUUGGACGGUGUUGGAGGAUGUUAAUGAUUUGAUCAAGCACAUAUUGGAUUUUGCUCGCCCUUUGGUGAGUGAAGUUAUGAACAAUACCGACUCCAAAAUAAUGAAGGGAAUGAGGCUGUCGAUUAAGAAGGAAAUAACUCUGCCUCACAGUGAAUUUGAAAAGUUGGAGAAAGCCAGAAAAAAGAGAGAACGAGAACAAAGGAAUAUGGAUGUGAUUAAAAAAAUGCUAAGCAUGGAGGCUAGGAGCGGCCAAACUCUUCCACGUUGGUGUUGGGAGGAUGCGGUGGAAGAGUUGUUUUUAGAGCGGGCAUUAAUGGCGUCAAGGGAACAAGCAGAGAGGUUGUUCAAGCCUGUAGUGCGAGCUACUGAGUCUUCCAUCAAGAAGCUUGAGGAUGUGAUUGUUGGCGAUAGAGAGAGAGGCCCAUGUCCUGUUUGUUUGGAGAAUUUCACAGUGGGGUCUCAUGUUACAAGCAUGCCUUGCUCUCAUACGUUUCAUAGAACCUGCAUUCUUAGUUGGCUCAACAAAAGCCAUGUCUGCCCUCUGUGUAGGUUUCAGUUGCCAAGUGAAUACUCCGCACCUAGAAGAUAG